AUGCGGCUGCUGCUGCUGCUGUGUCUGCUGCUGCCGGCUACCUCCCACUUUAUACCCCGCUUCCUCCGGGCUCCCCAGGACCAGACCGGGAUCUCUGGUGGAGUGGUGUCAUUUGUGUGUCACGCAUUUGGCGAGCCAAAGCCUCGUGUCACCUGGAUGAAGAAGGGCAAGAAAGUCACCUCCCAGCGCUUUGAGCUGCUGGGAGACCUGCUCAGGGCGCCGCGCUCCAUCGUUUUGAACUUUCUCCGGUUUGACAUAAAAGAGAUGAUCCUGAAGAAGGCUUGGCAGAAACGUCUGAAAAUUGAGGGAAAACCACUUUUCUUUGACCAAGACUACGCGUACGAAGUAGUUCAACAACGCAAAGCGUAUGGAGGCAUAAAGAAAGUGCUGAAAGAAAACGAUAUCAGAUUUCAGACGCCAUUAACUAAGAUUAAAAUCCACUGGACUGAUGGUCCCAAGACCUACGGGAAUCCACACGAAGCAGCAGAAGAGAUGCAGGAGAGGGGACUGGAGGUAACGACCAGGGCAGCGGAGGAAGGUGAGGACGCGAUGGAGAGUCGUAUGCAGCGAGUUUUCCCCUGGAUGAAGGUGCGAGACACGCCGGGCAGAAGGAGCGACCCGAGUCAAAGAGCGAGGGAGAGGCUGCAGGAGUUUCGGAGACAAAGUGAAGAGAAAUAA